AUGUCAGAUCAUUCAUUAGGUAAAAGGAAGAAGAGCAAAAAGAAAGUUUUGAAACCAGGACCUUUAUAUUCAAAAGAUGGUAUACCAUAUGAUUACAUAGUUAUAAUAGACGCAGGUUCCAAAGGUAGCCGAUUACAUGUAUAUAAUUAUCUCAACGCGUAUCAAUCAAUGAAAAAAGGAAUAGACCUAAGUCAGUACCAAUCGAUAAAGAAAAGAAAUAAGCUAGAAGAUGAAUUGUCAGACGAUGAAAGUGAAAGUGAUGAUGAUAAUCCAAAAAAAUUACCAAAUUUAUUUCCCAAAAUACAAACAAAAUCAAAAUGGCAUAAAAAGAUAAUACCAGGAGUAUCAUCUUUCAAUAAAGCUCCGCAUAAGAUUGGAAAACAUCAUUUAGCAAAAUUAUUAUCAAGAGCUUCAAAAAUUGUACCUCAACCAGUUCAAUAUCGUACACCAAUAUUUUUAUAUGCAACAGGAGGAAUGAGAUUAUUAAUACCAACAGAACAAAAAGAAAUAUUAAAAGAAAUUUGUAAAUUUUUUGAAAAUCAAUCUGAUUUUUUUUUCCCAGAUUGUGCUUCUCAUGUAAGUGUUAUUGAUGGAGAUUAUGAAGGAAUUUAUGGUUGGUUAUCUAUAAAUACUUUAAUUGGAGCAUUUGAUGAUCCAAAUUCACAUCAACAUGGGAAAAAUCAUACAACUUAUGGAUUAUUAGAUAUGGGAGGUGCUUCAACUCAAGUUGUUUUUCAACCUAAUAUAACUGAAAUUGAUGAACAUCAAAAUAAUUUAUAUCAUAUUAAAUUAAGACAAGUUCCACAAUUAAAUAAUUCAAAUUAUGAAAUACCAAAUUUACAAGAAUAUAAUGUAUAUUCAGAUUCUUUUCUAGGAUUUGGAAUGUUUCAAGCAAGAAAUAGAUACCUCAAGGCAUUGGUUGAAAAUGAUGAUAAAGAUGAACAAUAUCAUUAUUGGGGUUUUACAAAAUCACCUAUACCAGAUCCUUGUAUACCAAAAGGUUUUACAACUUCAACUUUAAUUGAUGAUCAUUCAUAUGAUUUUAUUGGAGAAUCUAAUUUUGAAAAAUGUUUAAAAAAUAUUUUUCCCGUAUUACAAAAUUCAACUCAUGGAGGUGGUCCAAAAGCUAAAAAUUGUAAACAAUUUAGUGAUGGAGAUGAAGUUAGUGAAUGUUUAUUGAAUGAAUUAAUUCCUUCUUUUGAUUUUGAUAUUAAUCAUUUUAUUGGAGUUAGUGGAUAUUGGGAUGCCAUAGAAGAUUUAUUAUCACAAGAAGACAAAAGACAAAUAGAUUCAAGAGAUUUAAAAGAUCAAAAAAAUACUUAUGAUUAUAAAAAAAUUUUCAAUAAAACUCAAAAAGUAUGUUCACAAAGUUGGUCAAGUAUGUUAGAAUUAAAUAAACAAAAAGAAUACAAGAAUCAAUUAACAGAAGAUGAACUAUCAGAAUUAUGUUUUAAAAGUUCAUGGAUUUUAAAUUUUUUACAUUUAGGUUUAGGAUUUCCAAGAUUUGGAAUAGAUGAACCAAAUAAUAAAGAUUUUCAAACUUUACAAUUAGUUGAAACAUUAGAUGGUUCGUCAUUUUCUUGGGCUCUCGGGAAAGCAGUGCUUUAUGCAAAUGAUGAAUAUAUUCAAGCUUUUAAUAAUUUAACAAACAAUUCAAUUCAAAGACCUGGAUUUUAUCAUAGUACUUCUGAAAAUAUUUAUCAAUAUGGAGCUGAACAAAACAAUAUUGAAUCAAGACCUUUAUUUGAUGAAUCAAAAAUGGAUGAAUCUCAUUAUUAUAAUUAUGAAUUAAAAGAUGAAACUGAUAAUGAAUCGAUAUGGAAUAUUGAACCUCAUAGAUGGUAUGGAUUAAUUAUAUUUGUUGUAUUAUUAGGAUUUAUUGGUUAUUUAAUGUUAGGUGGUAGAAAUAGAGCAUUAUUUAUAACAAAAAUUAAAACUGGAUUUAGAAAAAUUUAUAGAUUAACUCCAGGAUAUAAUGAAGCUAAAUAUACAACUAUAGCAGGUGAUUUUGAAUUGGGAGAUAUGCCAGAAGUUGAUUCUCAGUUUAAAGUCGAUGAUGACGAUGAAGAGGAUGAUGAGAAUGUUAAUGAUAAUGAAGAAGCAAAUGAUAGUAAAUCUACAAUCAAAAAUUCAUCCCAUAAAUAA